GUUGUUUUCAUUACUUAUUGAUUAUUUCCAUUCUAUUCUAUAUAAUUCACCUCAGGUAAUGAUCCAGAAGUACACUACAAAUUACGUAUUCAAACUCCAUCAAUGGAAAGUCCUUUUGAAAUUGGAUUCAAAUGUCAUGAACUUGCGAAUGAGUGGGAGCAAGCUAUAAGAGAAGCUGCACAGUUAGCAAGUCAACUUGAAUCACAACGUCGUAAAAAAGAAAGAAAUGCACGAGUAGCGAAAGAAAUGUCUGAUUUAAUUAUUUAUUUCAGAAGUGUUCCAUUUAAACAUAAUGAAAAAAAUGUGUAUUAUGAAAUGUCUAGUUUCCCUGAAACGAAAGCCGAAAAAUAUUUUAUUCAAAACUAUUCUCAAGCAUGUCUCAAAUAUCAUCGCAAUCAAAUAAGCCGUGUUUAUCCCAAAGGACAACGACUGGAUUCCUCUAAUUUUAAUCCCAUUCCAUUUUGGAAUGUUGGAUCUCAGAUGAUUGCACUCAAUUAUCAAACACCAGACAAACCAAUGCAAUUAAAUCAAGCAAAGUUUCGAGACAAUGGUGCCUGUGGUUAUAUACUGAAGCCGCAAUUCAUGCUUAGUGAUAAUUUCGAUCCAAAUAAUACGAGUACUAUUCCAAUAUUCCAAUAUAUUACAAUUCGAGUUAUUGGCGCCCGACAUCUUUGUAAAUCUGGAAGAAAUGUGAACAGUCCACUAGUCGAAAUUGAAAUACUGGGUGCCAAUUUUGAUGCUGGAAUCAAACAUCGAACAAAAGCAGUGGGUAUGUUAUAUGUAAUUGGAAAGCUCAGAAAAUCUCAAGAGAUUGGAAUAUAGUAUAAGUAUAAAAUCUUCUUUCGAA